AAACACAAAACAAACGCACGCGUGACAAUCACUCUCUCAUCUACCAAACGCAGUGGUGCAGAAAAGCCUUAAAGAAACAGUCGCUCAUCUCACAAAGAAAACAGAGGAAACUCUAUUUUAUCGUAAGCCGCUAUGGGUUGUUCUUCAAGCGCACAGGCGCGAAACGUUGAGAGAACUCCGCAACCAGUUCAGGUCGCUGCUGCUCAAACGGCCGCGAACCAAGGAGGAUCUGAGAUGUCACCCCAAGCAAACGUCGCUCCCACGAAACCCGUGAAGAUCGAAAGUACAACAACUGCAGAAAAUAACCAGGUGGUAAAUGAUCAGAAAGAUGCCCCAAGCACAGGUAACUGAAUGUACAGACUGCUUUAAGUGGUUUUUCCCGGGAAGAAAUAAAGGUUCAGUUUUCCUAAGAAUCGAGUGGUGUCAGUUGUUAAGAUGCUUACGCUUCGAUUCAACAUCUGCGCGACAAUGAAAUCUGAUAUUUUUUUACUGCGGUUUGGGGAACACACAAAAAUAAAGAAGUGGUAAUUCGUCCUCGCACUACCCUUUAAUCGUGAUUUCUAAUAGGAUUUAACUGGCUUAUUGUGAAAUAAACCGUCGUUAAACUGAGAAUUUAAAGGUCAUUUUUGAUGCUGGGAAAUAAAUAAAGCGCCAUCUCAGAAUAAAUCGCUAUAUUGGCGCGCUGAUCGCGAUCAAUGAUACACCGUCCUAUUUUAAGUUUGUAUGUACCAGUUGGAGACAUAUUACUUGAAUUCAAAACUAUACAGCGGGAAAUCGUUUUACUACAAGAAGGAAAGAGCGGACAUGUGAGAAAUUAGAAUACAAGCUUCUUAUCAAAUGAGAGAUAUUCUGACGUGUUUUAGCAUGUGUCCUCUAACCAUGCUAAUAAAGAACGAUUCAUAGUCGGAAAGCGAUUAAUUUUAGUGUGGACACAUAAAGUAAACUUUAAAUCCUCAGCACGCAUAAUUGAAAGACUCUACGACUCGUACUAACCAUAUUUCUGAAACCUUUCAUUUUUUUUUAAUAAAAAUUCAAUUUUUAGUAGGGAAAAAACACGAAACCCUUGCCAUGAUAUACCAGCUGUUAUAAAAUGGGAAUAAAGGCGAAAUGAAAAUCAUUUUAAAUGCGCUUGAUCUUCUAGAUUAAAACUGACAAUUGGAAAUCCCAUGUGUUUAUACAUCCAAAACUUCAGUUUGCAUUGAACAAAUACAAUAUACAGCUUUAGUGUGGCGAACCUCGAAAUACAUAUCUUUCUAUGAAAAUCUUCACAAAUCGAAGCAAUUUUUUUCAGUUGCAAAAAGCACAUUUAAAUAUUUUUUCCCAGUAGUGAACAAUAAUAUUUAAUCAAGCACGGUAGAAAGGAAUAAAAUGAACAAAUGGUUUGUGAUUAGAAAACUGCAACAGUUGCCAUGGUAGGAAAUGAACUAAGACUAAACAAUAUAUAUAGCCGUAUCAGAAGCGUUUUUUAAUUGCGCAACGGAUUUCUUGUAAAUUAAACUUGUUUUGUCUAAAUCUCAACUCUAAUUAAUACCACGAAAUUGUUUUUAUUUCGAUAAAGCUAAAUAAGCAUUAAGCAUGUUCGAGAGGACGAUGUAAACCGUGUCGUGUUUUGUUUCAUUGGUUUUUAUUUAUUUAUUUUUUCACUUGUCUAUUCUGAAGUGUUUGUUUCAAGACAAAAGUGUUUUUAAAAUUUUUGUCAUGAGAUACAAAUGAAUAGUUGCUAUCGAUAUCAUGCUGGAACAAAGCUUGUCAGCAGUUUCUUCCUUUUAUGAGUGGAGAGAAAUCGUUCAUCCGUGUAGCCUUUGAGCUAAAUUAUUCAUUCUGCUAAAUUGUCAACAACUUUUUAGGUCUUGAGUUUUGCUUUCCCGAACGAAAAAAAUUCGAUCGUCAGAAAUUUGUUCCUUCGUCAAUUUGCUAUUUUUCUGUGUAGUGAAGAAGGCUACUUUAUGCACAGUCGUUUUCGACGAAAACAGUCGAAGUAAAAGAGUAUUUAAUGUCUAUACUUCAUUGCUAGACGACCAUAAGUUACUCUGAAUAAGAUAAAAAACAGCUGCCAAGCGUUGGAUAACUUUGAACCACUAGCGCUUUUGCAAUAUGUCGGUGACGAAAAAACGAACAACUGAGAAGUGACAGAGAAAAAAAUCAGAAUGGUAUACUUAGUCUGGGAGUUAUCAGAUUUCUUUUGCGACACUAUUAGGAGAUAUCUAUGGAGUACAGAAAUUUGCCUCGUCAACCUUUAGGCGCUGUGUUUUGGUAGAGGAUUUUGAGGGAAUGAACCAGCAAGUGUAAACGCGCCUUGCGUGUUGUAAGGUGGGGAAACUCGGCUGCAAAUGAAGUAUUGUUACAGCUGAAAUACCUAACUCCUUAGCUGUGCCUCUAGUGGAGUUAUCAUUGGCCAAUUCUGCACUUGCAUUGACAGGAGCAAUUCUCUGGUUUCGAAAUAAUUUGCAAGUUUUAUUUCAGAUUUUAUCCAUUAGUUGCAACUUUUAAAAAACCAACCCCAGAAAUGUUGAAGCGGGUUAUUGAUGCGUUACUGUCGAGGAAACGUAUGGAAUAUUUGAAAUGAUACUACUGGCUAAACGGGAAUGCAUGUUUAUUGUUUUAUUUUUAUUUCAGAGCAACCAACUCAAGUAGAUGGUAAACCACAAAGUUCCGUUUCCGAGAAAGCGAGCGAGAACGAACCGCGAGAAGAUCCUCUCGGUGAAGAAUCGAGACCUGAAGUAGUGGAGGAAUCUCAACAAGAAGUUGUACAAGGAAAGAAAGACGAACAAGUUAAACCACAGGAAGAGGAGACGAAGAAAGACAAAAGAGGAGAACAGAGUGGAUCAGGCGAAGAAAGCACGGCUCCCAGUAAAGACGAAGAACAAACUCAGCAACCGGCUGAGAGUGAAGUGAACGCCGAGGCCGCAGCGGAAAGCAGCGGUAGUGAUAAACCUGAUGUUGAGCAAGUAGAGGAGCAGAAUGAAGCUGUGAAAACAGAGGCGCAAGAAGGAACUGAAAGAGAACCAGAAGUAGCAAAGGAAGGUGAAGAGGCGGCUGCACAAGUGGACGGAGAAACGCCAUCACAAGCAGAAAACGCAGAAGAGAUGCCAGCUGCCGCUGAUCAAACACAGCAAUCGCAACCCGCAGCCGAAGAAUCUAAACCUGCGGAGGAAGAAUCACAACCAGCGGCCGAGGAAACAAAACCUGAGGAACAAGAAGCGCAACCUGCGCCUGAAGAAGCGAAUCCUGCGGCCGAAGAAGCGAAGCCCGCGGUCGAAGAUUCGAAUCUUGCGGCUGAGGAAUCAAAUCCCGCAGAUGGAGAACCUCAAGCCGACGAACAGCAAGCAGCUGAAGAACCGCAAAAAAGCGAAGACGCGACACCGCAAGAGGAAACACCGGCUAGUGAGGACAGUUAAAAAUGUAUUGGGUUUCCGUAAAAACACUGAACGCCUAUCAUUUCACCCAAUUUUACAGUCUGGAACUGUACACAAAAUCCUUGUCCACGUAGGUUCUUAAGGUGGACAACUCUAUCCAGUGGUUAAAUUUCUAUCUUGUGGAUAGUGUAGUACGUUUUGUUAGCACUUAUCCGCUGGAUAAAGAUUUAUCUGCUGGACAGCUUUAUCUAUCGUUCGAAAAACUGGGUUCUGAAGCAUGACCCUUUUUACCAUGAAGGUUUUACGUAUCUAUGUAUUCAGAGACACAGGCCUUGAGAAGAUCUGUUGAAUCUGAAUCAGUAAUUACAGCUUUUAUCAUACGCAAGGUUUACUUGAAUACAUAUCGGCAAAACAGUAAAUCGCCACUCUAGUAACACCAAACCUAAAAACAUUAAACUCAAAAUAAAACACACAAAUCUAAGUUUAACGCAAGAUAAAAUACUAUGUAUUUAAAAGAGAAGGAAAGUUUUACCUUAUGAAAUAGAGAAAUAGAGAUUGAUAAUUUGUAAGUGUUGAGAAAUCUGAUAAACUGAAUAUGAUUAAAUCAUAAGACUUACGUAUCAAAAGAACCAGUAAUUUUCACUAUUUCUCGGUGCCUUACAAUUACUUCCCUAUGACAGAAGAUAAUAGUUUACACUAUAAAUAAGCUGAGGCAUGUGGAUGUGAAAAUUGAUUGUAAAUACUGAAGAAAGCAGAACUUGAUUUAUUUCUGUAGUAUAAUUGGACGUAGACUGUGAUUUUCUAGAGAGGAAAAUUAGUAACUCAUAUGUGUGAAGGUCUGGGUAAAACAUCGAUUUAGCUAAAAGAAAUCUUGAUCACUGAUGAUGCUAUAGUAUAGUUUGUAGUAGAUAACAUACUGACGAGUUUAAUGACAGGAAACAUUGUUAAAAUACUACAAUGAUUUUCUUAGAUGAUUUGUAAACAGCUGUGAAGAACAGUUUUUGACUCUUUCCGGUCAAGGUUUUCAAACUGUUGUAACUGUUUUUGUUAAAUGAAAUAAAACUCAGUUCUAUGUCGGAGUUG